GCAACUAGAAAUGUCUCUGGGCUGAGAUAAUCCUCUCCAGCUCCCAGCACACACAGUCAAGGAAUUUUAAAACGGAGAACUGGGGGACCACAAAAUGCUCUCAGAAAUUUAAAGGCCCAAGGAGGCUCGAGAUAAAUAACCAUUUCUCUUUCUUGAGGAACCCCUCUGGUUAUAAGUUUAUCCUACGCAAAGCCUCCCACUCACCCCCAGGGCAACUCCAGCCAGAGAGUGGAUAUGUGCUUCUGGACAGAGCUCUCAGUAUGGGUGGUCCUAGUGUCCCACUCCUUCAGCCUUGCUUCCUCUACUGAGACCAGCAAAGCCCUCACUCAGGAUAACAGCAGAGUUGGGAGCCACAGCCUGUUAGAAGUUCUGAGAGUCCUCUCUGCUGGUGACGACAGGUCCCUCAACCAUCCACAAAGUCUCAUCAAGAUUCUGUUGGAGAGGACUGGGUGUCCACAGAGAACAGACGGGACACAAGAAGAUUGCAAGCUGUGUUUGGAACCAGAUGCACUAUCACUCACAGCUGGGGGAGAUUUGGAGGAUGAGUUGAGAGAGGAGGUGGUCCAGAGAGUUUCUCUCCUCCUCCUCUAUUACAUCAUUCAUCAGGAAGAGAUCUGCUCUUCCAAACUCAACAUGAGCAACAGAGAAUAUGAGUUCUACCUGCACAGCCUUCUCAGCCUCAGGCAGGAUGAAGACUCCUAUUUCCUCUCAGAGAAGGAGACUGAUGACAUCUUGGCUUCCACCAGGAAGUACUUUGGCACCUCCACUAGUCCGUGUAUGGAAACUAAGAUUCUACAGAGGGAAUCUGGCAUUCAGAGCAGCAAUGGUGCUGAUGAAAAGAUGCUUCCUCAGCUGGCUGCCACCAUCAUUGCUCUGUCGCUCCAAGGAGUUUGUUUGGGGAGAAAAGACUCGCCUUCCCCAGAUGACUUUACAGAAUAUAUUUUCAGUUUCCUGAAUAGAACCAAUGCCCUCCACCUCUCUGAACUAGAGGAACUUCUGAACAUGCUCUCGACCAGAAGGGCCUGUACCAAAAUAAAUACCCUCCAUGAACACCAAAGGAAACAAAACACAGCAGUACAUGGUUUGAGAGACCCCAAGUCAGCUGCAGCAAUGGACAAAGUGUCUGGUGAUCAUUCUGUUUCCUGGGAUCAGGCUUGCUUCUCUGCUCAGCAGCUGGUGGAGAUAUUUCUUCAGAACCACAGCAGUCUGUCCAUUUCGAAGGAGGACUUUAAGCAGCUAAGUCCAGGGAUCAUCCAGCAACUCCUCAGCUGCUCUUGUCAGGUGCCCAGGGACCAGAAAGCAAAGCCCCCACCCACCACUCUGGAGAAAUAUGGUUAUAGCACGGUGGCAGUGACACUACUAACCUUGGGCUCCAUGCUUGGGACCGCGCUGGUCCUUUUCCACAGCUGCGAGGAGAAUUACAGUCUGAUUUUACAGUUAUUCGUGGGCUUGGCCGUGGGGACACUCUCCGGGGAUGCCCUGCUCCAUCUCAUUCCUCAGGUUCUUGGUUUACAUAAGCAGGAAGCAGAGCUUGGGCAUUUCCACGAAAGCCAAAGUCCUAUUUGGAAGCUGUUGGGACUACUUGGAGGCAUCCAUGGAUUUUUCUUGAUAGAAAAAUGUUUUAUCCUUCUUGUAUCGCCAAAUACCAAGAAAGGCCCAGAAGAUUCACAGACAGCUGAGCUACCCAAAGGCAAUGUGCCAGCCUCCAACAGAAACCGCAAAACCAUCAGCUUGUUGGCUGUUAUGGUCCUGGUUGGAGAUGGCCUGCACAAUUUUGCCGAUGGCCUAGUAAUAGGCACAGCCUUCUCUUCUUCAUUGGAGUCAGGAGUGACCACAACAAUCGCUAUUUUGUGUCAUGAAAUUCCACAUGAAAUGGGAGACUUUGCUGUGCUCUUAAGCUCUGGACUCUCCAUCAGGACUGCCAUCCUAAUGAAUUUCCUAAGUGCCCUGACAGCCUUCAUAGGACUGUACAUUGGUCUCUCGGUGUCUGCUGAUCCACGUGUCCAAGACUGGAUUUUAACAGUGACUGCUGGGAUGUUCUUGUAUUUAUCCUUGGUGGGGAUGGGUUCAUGUUUUUGGAAAGGUUGGCUGUAUCGUCCCCUGGUACUGGAAUUACAAAAUCUGAACCACCUGGCUCUCUUCUUAAACGUGGAGACUGUGAAUCUGAACUCAGGCUCUCAUGCCUGCUCAAAAAGCCCUUUACCAUGGUCCAUGUCACCAGAGUCAGAAAUAUGGAUCUCUUCCUGAAAUGACUCAUGUGCAGACACAACGACCCUGGAUGACGUUUCUCCUGCAGAAUGUUGGAUUGGUCCUUGGCUGGUUUUCACUUUUGCUCUUAGCUGUAUAUGAACAGAAUAUUAAAAUAUAAGUUAAGAAUCUCUGAUGCCUUCCAAAAUGAAUUUAUAUGUUCACAUCUCAUAUCUUCCAUGUUCUCUAUGCUCAUCACUAAAUUUGGCAUUUAUAUUUGAGACAAAGGAUGUGUCAUUUAUCUUAACUUAUUAAUUCUGUAUUGUAAAUGUUUUAGAAAUACAUACAAGUGAGUCUGUCUUGCAUUAAAAUCUUUAUUUUUGUUUCUGACACUGUGAUGAGCCCUAAUAAACUUUAGUGUUAGAAAAUUCUGAAAUCUAGCCAGCUGCAAAAAUAUUAUUUCCCUACAAAAGAAUGUUUAUUUCUUGUAUUUGAAGCAGACAUUUUUGCUAGUUUUUAAUUGUUAAUAAUACAUUUAUUUUCUAUGUGAUUUAUAAACCAUAAGCAAAUAGCAUUAUAGUAUUGUAAUAAAGCCUUAAUGUGGUAGUUUCAA